AUGGCUGCUUGUAACGAAUUGUCACAAAUUUAUAAUAUUCUCAUCCUGCAAAACAAUGAGGUGAUGGUCACAGAUGAUAAGAUCAGUGCCCUCAUUAAAGUAGCUGGUGUAAAAGUUGAGCCCUUCUGGUCCAGCUUGUUUGCAAAAACUCUAUCCAACGUCAACAUCAAGAGCCUCAUCUGGAAUGUAGGGGCUGGCAGACCUGCCCCAGUAGCUGGUGCUGUACCAGCCAAUGGUCCUGCCCCCUCCACUGCUGCCCCAGCUGAGGAGAAGAAAGUGGAGGCAAAGAAAGAAGAAUCUUUGGAGUCUGAUGAUGACACGGGCCUUGGUCUUUUUGACUAA